AUGACCAAGUCAAGCUGCAAGGCAGAAAAAUGCCGGGAUGCGGCUUAUUCCUUCAUUGACCAGAUUUUCAUCCUGUUCCUUGAUUUAAGGGUCCCCUGGGAUAAUUCUCGCACGUGCAACAGAUGGCCGGCUGAGGUUCCAUCACUGCCCGAGCUUGUAUAUCAAAUGGGAAGCGCUUUCUCUACUUUCUACGAGGUCAAGGGUUUAGGUGGUAUGAUGGCAGCCGGUAUUACGGUGCAAGGACACGGCGAAGGAGUAGCCACUCCCUCGUUUGACGAGAUCGGCGCCUUCGAAAAUCAAGUUAUCACCAAUGGUGAUUCAGCAACAGCACAUUAUCAGACUCACAACCGGCGUGACCACAACCGGCCUGACGCGACUUCCAUAAGCAGCGGCGGCUCAGCGGCAAAAACCGGAUUCCUCAAGCUGUAUGAUCGAAGGUUUGCCCGCUCGUUGCGAGCGCAAGAGGGCGCCGGCAAAUGGACACAUGACAUCGAGGAUACAUAUGUGGAAUCAAUUCGUACCGGCUCAAUCCAGCAGUUUGCCCAUGACCUUCGUCACGUUGAGGGGUUCCGGGACGCCCAGAGCGAGCUGGACGCUCCGGACAUCGCACAAGACGAAGCGUAUAUUAACGGCACGAUGGUUCGGGACCAUACACCCGAACUCGCUGUCCACAACGCACUGCACGAUCAGCAGGGCAAAGUGGUACCUCGCCUCCUUGCCGCUGUGGACCUCGACCUUACGCGGCCAGGCGCCGAGAACGACGAACUGUUUCAUAUCAAGGGCAUCCUACUAGAGUAUAUCGAAGGCUUCCGCAUGUCAAAGUUUCCAGAUGAGACGCCCCCGUCAGCAUGGCAAAACAUUGUUGACCAAGCCAUCGCCGCCGUCAACGUCCUCGGCGACUACCAUAUCUUAGAUACGGACCGCCGCCCCGAUAAUUUCAUUGUCACACCCGACAAAAAAGGGGGGUUUCAUGUCUUCAUGGUCGAUUUUGGUUGUGCCAGGUUCAAGCGGGAAGACGAAUCAGAAGCGGAGUGGGCAAGCAACAAAGUCACCGAAAAUGAAGAGACUGGAGUAGGCACUGUGUGCCAGAAAUGCUUGGCCAGAGAUUACGGAUUUUGCUUGGAAUACAAGCCAUCCGAUAGGUGGCUAGAGGCAGGCUUGGAAUAUGGCCGGGCACUUGCUCGGGUCGAUAUCGAACGGUAUGAGAAGGAGAAAGCCGAGGCAACCUAA